AUGGCACCAGAGUCCAUUCGCUAUGAAGAUUAUAAACCAGAAGCAGACAUAUGGGCAUUAGGGUGCAAGAUUUUAGAGUUGUUGACUGGAAAAGAAUCUUGGAAGUGCGACCGGAGUACAGAAAGAGUAACUAUCUUGUUUAAAAUAGCAAGUACACAAGAAAUACCUGAAAUUCAGAGUGGGUUCUCAAAAGACGCUGAAGAUUUUUUGAAUAAGUACUUGGUUAGGGAUCCCAAGUCACGGUGGACUGCCAAUAUGCUCUUAGGCCAUCCCUUUGCUUCAGUUGGAGAUGGUGUUUUACUGAGAGUAUCGUGGACGAAAGAAACAGAGUUGUUCAUCCAAAAGCAGUAUAAGGGUACGACAGGAAACAACUUGGAUGUUGACGACGAUGUUGAUCUGUUGCCAACAUUUUGCCCACACAUUGAGAAGACAUACCUUUCAGCUACAUGGGCAACCGGGUUCACUUACAUAGGCCAGCAUUUUAAGGGGGGAGCUUCGGAUUUCCGUAAAGUGUUAUAA